AUGUUCCAUAAAUCAUCGAUGAACGUACACCUGAAAGAUGGGCACAUCCUCUGUGCAUACUGCCAACGGCCCUCGGGCGAAGCAACUUAUUCAGAACUCGACCUAAAUAACGUCCUGGGCGCGAUAAAGGGUAAAUUCGCCUGGAGUGCUGAGAACUUCACCGAGGAUGCGGCCGAUGUCAUUCUCAAGUGGGAUGGCCCCAACCACGAACCCAUGCUGCACGCGCAGCUGGAAGAUGAAGAGGGCAUGCACAACGAGGACACGGUCAACUUGGCGGCCUGUAUCAAGAAUGAGGAUGGACAUCUGCGCUACAUGGAUUGUUUCUAG